AUGUUUCACUUCUUCAGGAAGCCCGUGGAACCGAAAAAGCCCUCAGUGUCAGACACGGAAGCAGAUGGCUUUGUCCUUUUAGGAGAUACAGAAAAUGAGCAGAGAAUGGCAGCAAGCGGUAACACUUCAGAAGUAGAAGACAACCAACCGACUGGCCAAGAAAACUCACCCACUGGGACUGUAGCCGGCCCCGGGGCGGAAACUAAGGCAGGCCAGCUUCUGGAGAGCAGCUCGUUCAUGGCAGAACUUCUGAGCGACGUGCCCUUCACCUUGGCCCCGCAUGUGCUGGCUGUGCAGGGCACCAUCAGUGACCUUCCUGACCACCUGCUCACCUGUGAUGUCAGCGAAAACUUAUCACGGUUUUGGUACGAUUUUACUCUUGAAAAUUCAGUGCUCUGUGAUUCGUAA